AUGAAGGAUUGUGGGGAAAAAAUGGCAGCCACCAUGGCUGAACACACCAGAACGAAGAAAACAGUUUUAUCAUCAAAACUUUCCGGUGGACCUCAUGGUUAUGGCGAUCCAGAUGAUUUAUCACUGAGAAAAGUUGAAACAAACAUCCUUAUUCCAGACAAAGUUCGAGAAAAAUCAAGGAAAAUAAAAUGUAUUAAAGAAGUUGAAGCAUUCAAUAAAUGUGGCAAGGAAGCAAAACUAGCAGUAACUUUUAAAUGUACAGAAGAAAGAGAUAAAUUAGUAAAAUGUUUAGAUUAUUGGUUUCAUGAUGCACAGUUAAAUGAAGAAUGUAAACAAGAAUAUUUAAGAGAAAGAAGUGAAUUCCGACGCACAGGUGUGGGUGUCAAAAAUCCAAAAAGUUGAUUUCUAUUAUUACAAAAUAAAUUGAUAGUUUACUACCUUAGACAACUUGUUUUGAAUUCUUUUUCCUGUUUAAUAAAAUUUGAUGUCUUCAUCACAAA